ACGAUGCAAACAUGGCGACGAUGGUGUCUGUUUAAAGAGCAGCGACGCGUUUUCAUUCCCUCUCGACUACGACAAAUCGUAAUUAUCGUCGGCAAUAAUAAAGAAUCAUCAUGGGUAAUGCCGACACAAAAUUGAACUUCCGGAAGGCUGUGGUGCAAUUAACGUCGAAAACUCAGGUGAUUGAUUCAUCAGAUGAUAUAUUUUGGGAUCAGUUUUGGUCUGAGAACGUGACCAAUGUUCAGGAUAUCUUCACUCUGAUCCCAGCUCCAGAGAUUCGUGUGUUGAGGGAAGAAGCGCCUUCUAAUUUAGCUACGUUAUGCUAUAAGUCUGUCGAGAAAUUAGUUAAAGCAGUAGAUAAUAGCUGCAGAACUCAACGGGAGCAUCAAACUGUUCUGAAUUGCUGCCGUUUAUUGACUCGCUUGUUACCGUACAUAUUCGAAGAUCCUGAUUGGAAAGGAUUUUUCUGGUCUAGUUUACCUGGCAAAGAUGACGAAGAGAGUUUACCACUGGCACAUUCUCUGCUGAAUGCACUUUCUGAUUUGUUGUUUUGUCCUGACUUUACUGUAGCCGCAAACAGAAAGUCCGGGCCGGAUAAAGCCGACGAGUUGCAAUCGAUAGACAGUUGCGAAUAUAUUUGGGAAGCAGGAGUAGGCUUUGCGUAUUCGCCACCCAGGUAUCCGAUUCUAGACUCGAAUCGCACAGAAUUGCUGAAGCUCUUAUUAACAUGCUUCAGCGAAACCAUGUACAAUCCACCAAUGGAUCUAUCAAUCACACCAAACAGAUGGAUUCAGCAUUUAACUAGCAGUGAAAAUAGACACGCGUUACCUAUGUUUACAUCGCUUUUGAACACAGUAUGCGCAUAUGACCCCGUUGGAUAUGGAGUACCAUACAAUCAUUUGCUCUUUACUGAUUCCUUGGAACCGUUGGUCGAUGUCGCAUUACAAAUUUUGAUUGUAACUUUGGAUCACGAUACCACUGGCGGAGUGCCUUUAGAAGAGGGGGCAGUCGGAGACAAUUUAUUUAUUAAUUAUUUGAGUCGAAUCCAUCGCGAUGAAGAUUUCCAAUUUGUCUUGAAAGGCAUUACCAGAUUAUUGAACAAUCCGCUGAUGCAAACGUAUUUGCCAAACUCAACUAAAAAAGUGCAUUUUCAUCAAGAGCUGUUAGUCUUCUUCUGGAAAAUGUGUGAUUACAACAAGAAAUUUUUAUAUUAUGUGCUAAAAAGCUCAGAUGUUCUUGAAGUUCUCGUACCGAUUCUUUAUCAUUUAAAUGACUCACGUGCUGAUCAAUCACGAGUUGGUUUGAUGCACAUCGGGGUAUUUAUUUUACUUCUCUUAAGCGGAGAACGUAAUUUCGGAGUAAGAUUGAAUAAGCCAUAUACAGCUACAGUGCCUAUGGAUAUUCCUGUUUUUACAGGAACACAUGCCGAUCUUUUAGUCACUGUAUUCCAUAAAAUAAUCACGACUGGUCAUCAAAGACUACAACCAUUAUUCGAUUGUCUAUUAACAAUUCUAGUCAAUGUUUCGCCAUAUCUUAAAACACUAUCCAUGGUGGCUAGCACAAAACUGCUACAUUUGUUGGAGGCAUUUAGUACGCCGUGGUUCCUUUUCUCGGCGCCCACCAAUCACCAUUUGGUGUUCUUUUUGCUCGAAAUCUUUAACAAUAUUAUUCAAUAUCAAUUCGAUGGAAACAGUAAUUUAGUCUACACCAUAAUACGCAAACGACAAGUGUUUCACGCGCUCGCAAAUCUGCCUAGUGAUUGCAAUACAAUUGCAAAAUCCCUUAGUAAGAGGCAGCGUCGUCACAUGCCUGCGAGUACGUCUCAGGAGAAUGUCAGCGAGACAGCAAUGGAAGGAUCGCAUCCUGCGCAACCUGCCGAACCUGGUACUUUAAAGGCGUCUUUGUUGGAGACUCCUGGUAUCGAGAAAAUGACGGAAAAAGAAUCGGCGCAUCCGCUGAGUCCAUCAGCUAGUGUUGAUAUUGGUAAAUCAAUCAGUAAUCGAUCAGAGAGCAAGACGGAUAUAACAGAGGAAUCACUGAACGCGACCAAGAAUUCCGUGGUUCCGAAGGGCGGUAUUCGCGUGGCCGAGCAAGCGAGCACCAAUAAUGUCAAUAACGUUAAUCAAUGGGUACCGUCCAGUGAGUGGGUAUACCAAUGGAAGAGCAAGCUCCCAUUACAGACCAUUAUGCGAUUGCUUCAAGUUCUAGUUCCACAAGUCGAGAAGAUCUGCAUCGACAAGGGUUUGACAGACGAGAGUGAGAUUUUGAAGUUUCUGCAACAUGGCACUCUUGUCGGAUUGCUACCAGUGCCGCAUCCUAUUCUCAUCAGGCGGUAUCAGGCUAAUGCUGGCACAACCGCAUGGUUUCGCACGUAUAUGUGGGGUGUCAUAUAUCUGAGAAAUGUCGAACCGCCCAUAUGGUACGAUACAGACGUCAAGCUGUUCGAGAUCCAAAGGGUUUAGAUAAUAAUCACUAAAAGGUUCGUUAUCGCUCGCACUUGAAAUACUGUUUUAUUGGCAGUGCGCAAGGAGAUGAGUUUCGUCGAAUUCGUUAUUGUGUACCAUACAAGCGUUGUUCCUAUGAGUAUUAAUUAAAAUUGAAGGAUUCAGCACGAUUUACUUUUACAAGAGUUCGAGAAGAUAAACUUAGUUUCUUCAAUUUUAAAAUAAAUUUGAAAAUAACUAUAUUCAAGUAAACGUGUAUAAUUAUAAAGGACUCUAAAAUAAUUCUCGGAUUUCUCCGAGAUCUUAUACAAAUUUGUUUUAAAUAAUUAAUAGAAUUCUUUAGUUACCUGAAAUUUAAUUGAUUC